AUGUCUGACCAAGGUGAUGAUGAGAAGAAGAAGAAGGCAAAGCUGCCCCCUUUAUUCACUUUUCUAAAUGCUGGAUUUUGCGGCAUGGCUGCAACCUGUUUCGUUCAUCCUAUGGAUGUGAUCAAAAAUCGAAUUCAAGUACAAAAAGAGAAAGCCUCAAUCGCGUCCAUAAUUAGUUCAAUAUAUAAAAACGAAGGAAUUUUGAAAUUCUAUUCGGGCUUAAGUGCUGGUCUCGUACGACAAGCAACGUAUACUACCGUCAGACUUGGUAUAUAUAAUCAAUUACAAGAAUACUGGAGUCCUGGUUUCGGAGUAUUGGCACUAAUGGCGGGAACAGCGGGAGCUACUGGAGCAUUCGUUGGUACACCGGCGGAAGUGGCCCUUGUACGGAUGUCAGCUGAUGGCAGAUUACCAAAAGAACAAAGAAGAAACUACAAGAACGUCUUUCAUGCAUUUAGUAAAAUAGCGAAGGACGAAGGAGUUACUACUCUUUGGAGAGGAAGUGUGGCUACAAUGGGGAGAGCUGUCGUUGUUAAUAUAUCUCAGCUUGCAACUUACAGUCAUAUCAAGAUGUUGAUAGCCACAAAACUGCAGAUGUCGGAUGGUCCUUUACUCUACUUCUGUGCGUCAAUGUUAUCAGGAUUCCUCACUGUUCUUAAUUCCAUGCCAUUUGAUGUAGCUAAAACCAGGGUACAGAAUAUAAAAACAACGAAAAAACCACCUGGUCUAGUACCAAUGAUGGUAUCCAUUGCUAGAAACGAAGGUAUAAUGGCACUUUGGAAAGGUUUCUUGCCCACCUACUGCAGAAUAGGACCGCACACAGUUUUAACGUUAUUAUUCAAUGAACAAAUUACUAAGCUGUACAGGCGAUACAUGAUGUAGUCGUUUAAAAAAAUCGUA